GAUUAGAAGUAAACCAAUACACCUUCCUCACAUGAUCUACAACCGUGACAGGCUCUACCGUUAUAGGAGCACAGACCUCAAAAGACGCAACGCGCAGUGCGCAGAUCAAUGGCGCGCCCAAUAUUGUUAUGCUUGAUCCUGUAUGUCGCUGUCGCCGACAGUGGAAUACUGACUAAAGACUUGCACUGGAUCCAGGAUCUCGAGUCUCGAGAUGGCUGUGAGAUUCUGGACAGGUUUGACUCCGAUGUGCAGUGCAAAGGAAAUGUCCACGACGUAUUUUCUGUAGCUGGACAGGUUAUGACAAUGGCUGACACGGGGACUGUGUGUCGGGCUGGAUUUACUUUGGACUUUUUUGCUUGUAAAGGAGGGCUUUGGGUCCAAGUACCUCUAUCCUUUGCUCGGUCGUUAAAACGUCGGGAGGAUCAACAUCACAGGGAAAAGCGAUUUUGGGGUACCGUUGAAGCAGUAAUUGGCGUCAUAGGUGGAGUUGUCGACAUCUUCUGCACGUUUUUGUGUGAUAACGGAGGAGGAGGAGGAGGAGGUCCACCUCCAAACACGUCCCCCCAUAUUGAUUGUCCGUAUGUUGGGCCUCAAUACGCCAAGACGGGAGACACUAUGGUGGUUACUUGGACAGAACCGACAGGAACGGACAAGGAGGAUGGCAGUCUAAGCCCUAAGAGAUCUGGGUUGGCUCCAGGUAGUGUGUUCACUGCGUCCACACACUUCAUCAAGUACAGAGUUGUAGACAGUGGUGGACUGUCAGCUGACUGUGAAAUUCUCUUCUCAGUGCACACGAUCCACUGCUCCCCGUUGAUGUACCCUCGCAAUGGACGCCUCCACUGUACCAACAGGGACAUAUCAGGAUCUGUGUGCACCUUCGACUGUGACGAGGGCCACAACGUGGACGGUGCUAGCUCCAUCACGUGUGAAGAAGGGACCUGGUCGGGUGUUGAGCCAAGGUGUAAAGCUGUGUCCUGUGGUACCCCGCCUAGUGUGACUAACGGCCAGCUGACGUGUCUCGGGGACGUCGUGUACGGCACAUACUGCUUAAUGAGCUGCAACAGGGGCUUUGAACCACGAGGGAUGAUGAUGAGCACAUGCCUGGCAACAGGGCACUGGACUCCGCCUGGUACCUGUGCUGAUGUCACUCCACCAUCAUUCACUAACGGCUGCCCCGAUGACGUAGACGAUUACGCUGAAAAGAAAGGCGGAGGUAAGGUAGUCACGUGGGAUGACCCGGCUGCAAGUGACAAUUCGGGACCAGGGGUCACAAUCACAGGAAGCCACCAGUCAGGAGCAUCCUUUGAAUUGGGCGAAACGAAGGUUAGGCUGACAGCAACAGAUGCGGAAGGGAAUACAGAUCAGUGUUCUUUUAGAGUGACCAUCAAUGGUCUGUACUGUCCAGAGCCGGACCUCCAGGAUCCCAUCGACAAGCUGAGGUACGACUGCCCCGACGGCUACGGCUACGGCUUUUCCUGCUCCCUCUCCUGCCACUCCGGCUUCCCCUUGCAGGGACCUGACUCCAUCCUCUGUCAGAAAGACCCCAAUGUCUUCCCCGCAACAGCCUCGUGGACGUGGGCCGUGGAUGCCUUUAAACCAUUUUGUAAAAAUACUAGUUGUCCCGACCUGGCGGUACCAAAGAAUGGAGCCCUCGCAUGUGACGGCUGGGGAAGUGGUGGUAGCAUGUGUUCCAUGCUGUGUAACGAGGAUUAUGAUAUAGCAAGGGACGUACCGGACAUAUACACUUGUGGACAACAAUCUGGCAAAUGGUUUCCAAGCGACAACAUCUACGACUGUGAUAGGAAACUAAGUCCUGGGAGCAUGAAACUGCGCAGCGAUUUUUUCUACUACUCUGGAUCCUGCCAUGACAACAACACUCAGCUUGAAAUCGCACAGAAGUUCAUCCAUAUUCUCAACACGAGCAAUACCUUCACUGAUGUAUGUGGAGCCGCAGUGCCAGAAUGCCGUGUGGAAUUUGUGAAUAUUAAAUGCGGAGAAACCGGCAGAAGAAAGCGCUUUGUCAAGAGAUCAGCCUCAGAGAUUUUCCUCACGAAAGUCAAAAGAUCAACAGUUCCGACUGUCAUAAUUUUCGAAGUAGUAGUGCCCUUCAAUAUAGGUUCCAAAGAAGAUGCAGAGGCUGCAAGAACAAGGGUGGAGGGCGAGCUAGACAAUGUCAAUUCUGCCAUUGACCAGAUGCUUGACGGUGGAGGCCUCAGUAUGGCUGAGUAUGGGCUAAACACACAAGCCGACUCCUUUUAUCCAGGAUAUGCAGCUUUUGAAUGCCCUUUUGGAACUGCUGAAAACUACAAACACGUUUCAUGCUCUGGCUGCUCCACCGGGACGUAUGUAGAAGCAGGCUCGGGAAACUGCGUGUCUUGUCCUGUUGGCACCUAUACUGAUGAAGGAUUUUCUGAUGCCUGUAAACCGUGUGGCGAGGGAAAGUCAACACGAUCAACUGAAUCCAGAUCUGUGAACGAUUGUAUUGAUACGUGUACUGAAGGUUCCUUCUCGAUGGACGGCAUGGCGCCCUGCACUCCAUGUUCUCCUGGGACGUAUCAAGAUGCUGUUGCGAUGACGUCGUGCACGUCAUGUCCGACUGGCACUACAUCACCACAGGGGUCUCACAAUGCUAGUUCAUGUGUUGCUUUUGACCUGAAGGUUCAUGCUAACACGGAGACCGUGUUCGGUAAUAUCAGCUCGGACCUGAGCGCCCUGACCAUGUAUUUCUGGUGCCGCCUGGACACAAGCCUGGGACACACCCUGGCACGCAUCACCGACACUGACCGGAACACUGUCAUGGAACUUUCAAUCACCAACAAUGUUUUCCUGAAUAUACAAGGGAACUCUGUAGAUACAGAUGUGACCCCUGCAACAAACCGCUGGCAACACCUGACCUUGACCUUAGAUGGCAGCAGCAAGAACAUCGCUCUCUAUCUGAAUGGAAACGCUGUUUACUCAGAUAAUAUGGCUUCCCUAACAAUCCCUCUUGUUCCAAGUGACAGCAGUGUUGCCAUUGUAUCAGGAAAUGGAGACGUCACUCAGAGCGGUUUCAACAUUAUUGAGAGAGUUGCAUCCCCUGAUGACAUACAAGCCCAGUCUUCAACCUGUGUAUCGACGCUACAAGAAUCAGUAUUGACGUUCAUAAAGAAUGGUACAAAUCUUAUUGUACCAAGUCAGUGUGAUGCUGUUGAUGGCUGCCUUGACAACCCUUGUGGCUCCCAUCCCUGCAAGGACGAGUUGGAAGGGUUCACAUGUGACUGUCAAGAUAGCUGGACUGGGGUCACGUGUAACGUCCCACCGGACUACUGCGCACAUCACGAGUGUCAGAACAACGCCAUCUGUGAGAACGGAAACGGAAACUACACAUGCCAGUGCCUGAAGGGUUUCAAGGGUGAAUUGUGUCAGGAACUUGUAGUGAAUGGUAACUGGGGAGAUUGGUCCAAGAAGACGGAGUGUUCAGCAUCUUGUGGAGGAGGAACCAGGUCGCGAAGUCGUCAAUGUGACAGCCCGCCCCCUGACGUGGAUGGUGACACAUGUGAUGGGGCUUCUGAAGAGACGGAACAAUGUAAUACAGACGCUUGUCCAGAGUGUCCUGUCCUUCGUUUGUCCUCUGGAAAUUUGAAGAAUUGUACAGAAUCCGAUGGCUACACUAGAUGCACCAUCACAUGCCGCGGGGACAUGGUGUUCUACGAGAAACCCCUACCUGUGUACGAGUGUGGUGCAGGCAGCGACUACGUGUGGAACCACCAGGAACACAAGGGUAAUGCCAGGCCUCCAGCAUGUCGAACUGCUAUGGGGGCCGCCCGGUAUGACGUAACCCACACCGUCACAUACCAAGACCUACCAUGUUCGUCUGGUAAUUCUCGAUCCGAUGAAAUCAAAUCCCAAGUUUCUGGAAAUAUUGAUGUCUUGCCAUGUGUCCAGGAGAGCAUUUGCACAACGUCAGUUUCAAUCAACAAUUGCAAUAACAAUGGAGUCAGUAAGAGGUCGACAACGUCCACUGUUGUGUCAAUACUUAUUUCCACCAUCAUGGGCGACUCGGCCUCUCUUGAUCUCACAGAAUUCGUCGAAAAUAACAUAGUUACUACAGGCCUUACCAACUACCUGAACAAACUCAUGAAGACCGAACUUUCUGUCCAAACACUCGUUAACAGCAGCAACACAUUGUUGCCACUGACCAUAGAUGGCGCCACCUACCAGGUUGAUACAAAUUCAAUGUCGACGACGUCAUUGGCCAUCUGCCCAACUGGAACCACACCCACAGAGGGUGUCUGUGGACAAUGCCCCCCGGGAACACAGGAGGUGAACGGCAAGUGCGUGUUGUGCGAGAAAGGCACUUAUCAACAUGAAGCAGCCAGCGCGUCAUGCCGAAUGUGUCCGUCAAGUACGACAACUCCUGGUGUGGGAGCGGAUGAUGUCAGCCAGUGUACAGAUGAGGAGGCGGAAUCGGAACAUGAUCAUGAACACCAAUGGAAGCUUAUUGCUAUUGGCUUGUCCUGUCUCGGUGGGGCAUGCUUUAUCGUUGUUGCUGUUAUCAUUGUGGUGAAAAAGAAGGGCUAUUACAAAAUUCUGAUAAGUUCAUCUAGACCAUCUACAGCAGGAUCGUUCCACAAGAUGUUCCAUCAUCGUGUUUCCGUAGCUUCCUUACCACCACCCUACUCUCAAGAGGAGCCCCAAAUGCCCCCUUCAUCAACCUCAGCUUUCAGGACUCAGAUGUUAGUGAUGGAAGCUCCAGAAAUGAGAGCACCAAAAGAUCCACUUCCACCACUAAAAUGUACAUUCCAAUAUACUCCUGGCACAAAGAUAAUUUAACAUGCUGAAAUAGCUUGAUCUCUGUUAUUUCUUUAGGCUCUGUUUGGGAUCACAUCGAAAGUUAUAUUAAAUAAUCUAUUGUAUUUGAACCAUAAUGACGAAAUGACCAAGUGAAUAUGUCAUUGCUCCAUAAACGUUUGCAUUUUUGUAUAAAUUGUAAGAUAUGUUUAAGCAUAUUCAUUAUCGUUUCAAUUGGUUGUUUCGUGAAAAUAUUGUAUAUAUAUUGUUACGUUCUAAUUACGUUCACAUCUUAAGAAUGUCUGGUGAUGAGUGAACCUGUAUCACAUUACAGUGUUAUGAACACAUCUUCUCUUGUGUCCAGUGGUAUUUGUAAAACGUCUUCUAUGGUGUUCAGGAUGUCCCGUCUUCCAUCCGAUCUGAUCCAUAACAGAUGAUGAAUCCACCUCUCUGGCAAUCUACACGUACUGCAACAGCAUCCCACUCAUUCAACACAUUGAUCAAUGUGCCGGGCAUAAAGCACCACAUUAUUUGGUAUUCCUGUUUUCUCAAUGUGAAAAUGAUGCAUUGGGAAAGAUGACAGAAGUUAUUUUAUUAUUACUUUAAAACAAACUUAAGUGACCUGAAAUGAUGGAAUUAUUUAAUACAAUUAUUGUACAUAAUCCUGCCUCAAUAAUACUCAUUUCUAUACAGUAAACUACGUUUAUAGAGAACACGCUUAUAUUGAUCUGACAGAUGAAAUGAACUGUUGUCCAUUUACUGUAUUCAUGAUUACAACGAACUACGGUUAUAACGAACUACGUUAAUUGCCCAUUUGUGUUCAUUACAACCGUAGUCUUACUGUGACGUCACAAUAUUUAGAUUGCACAAUGACGUCAUACUAUGUUAAACCGGUUGAGAAAAUUGUAUAGCUCAUCAUUGGACUAUUGUACUGUGCUGUGUGUCAAAACUGUUAUACCUAGUAUAAUCUGAACACGCCAGAAACCUAUGAUUGUGGGUUCGAAUCCCGGUUCGUCCAGAUUAUGUUUCUAGGUUUGUCAGCAACAUAGCCGUGCUCCUGGGUUUCAGCGAAGUGGUAAACGUCUAAAACCUGCAUCUCUCCUGGCUCUCCUCCCAAAUUAAGCUGACAUGCCGCAAUAUAACUGGAAUACUGUUAAAAACGGCGGUAAACCCAACUCACUCACUCACUGAACACAUGAUUAUUCCUCAUACACUAUCUUCUACAAUGAAUAAAUCGAGACUGCUUAUU